CUCCGCGCGCCGCGUCGUCGUCACUGUGCAGAGCUGCUGCAGGUUCGAAAGCGAUGGCCGCGCUCUACGCCCUCGUCGCGGUCUCGCUGCUGCCCGUUCUCGUCACGGCGGAGUGCGACUGCUCGGACGACGACGCCACGGGCCGCGACAAGGCGGGAGCGCUGCGGCUAAAGAUCAUCGCCAUCUUCUUCAUCCUGGCGGGGGGCGCGGCCGGCGCGGCGGUGCCGGCGCUGGGGCGCAGGCUCCCCGCGCUGCGCCCGGGCGCGGGCCCGUUCCUCGCCGUCAGGGCCUUCGCGGGCGGCGUCAUCCUCGCCACGGGGCUGGUUCACAUCCUGCCCGCGGCCUUCGACGCGCUGGGCUCGCCGUGCCUCGCGGCGGCCGGCGGGCCGUGGGCCAGGUUCCCAUUCGCCGGAACGGUCGCCAUGCUCGCCGCGGUCGCCACGCUCGUGGUGGACACGGUCGCCACGGGGUACCUGCGCCGGAAGGCCGCGGCGGUCGGCGACGAGCCACCGCAGCUCGGCGGGGACGACCCCGAGGAGGCCUCCGGCGGCGGGCGCCACGGCCACGCGCACGGUGUCGACGACGACGACGACGACCUCGUACGCCACCGCGUCGUCUCUCAGGUGCUGGAGCUGGGCGUGGUGGUGCACUCGCUGAUCAUCGGCAUGUCCCUGGGCGCCUCGGAUUUCCCCAGCACGGUGCGCCCGCUCGUCCCGGCGUUGACGUUCCACCAGCUCUUCGAGGGCAUCGGCCUCGGCGGGUGCAUCGUCCAGGCCAAAUUUCGCCUCAGGUCAAUGGUGGCGAUGGCAGUCUUCUUCUCCCUGACGACCCCGAUCGGCGUGGCCAUCGGCAUCGGGAUAUCGUCGGCGUACGACGAGACGAGCCAGACGGCGCUGGUCGUGCAGGGCCUGUUCGAGGCCGCGGCCGCGGGGAUCCUGGUGUACAUGGCGCUCGUCGACAUCCUCCGCGAGGACUUCAUGAGCGCCCGGGUGCAGGGCAGCGCGCCCCUGCAGGCCGCGCUGAGCGCCUCGCUGCUGCUGGGAGCUGGCUUGAUGUCCAUGCUCGCCAUCUGGGCAUGAGUGACCAGAACGUGAGCUGAAGCGCAGUGAGUGAAUUGUAGUAGUUUCGUUAGGUUCGUGUUACAGUGGGUCAGCCGCUUGCCCGCUUUCGAGUGUACAGAAGAGGAGGGGUUUGUUUUUGUGCAUGCAAGUUCUUUGGUGCCGUCAAGUAACCACUAACAACCCA